AUUUGAAUUUCGUUUGAUUUAUAUUUUAAUAAUUGUUCUUUAAUGUUGGAUGAAUAAUUUAUCCUAUUUUUUUAAUUAUACUUUGAUAAUCGCGAAAAUUAUUUUUUAUAUUAAUAUAGUAUGAUUAUAAACAUGUAUCAACAUUUACAAUUAUUUAUCAUGAGAAAAAUUAAACUCACAAAUAUAUAGCAGUUCUUAAAACUGAGUUUCAUGAUUAAAUAUGGAAUCUUAUCUUUUGGAUAUUUGCAGUCGAGAACAGGGAUUACUCUUGCAAAACAAAACAUUUGUUCCUUUGAAUGGGCCUCUUUUAUCCAUAUCUAACAGUUCACAUAACAAGAUUGUUAGUUUUGUUCAUGCAGCAUGGGACAAAUCAAGUUCAAAAAUUGUUGCUGGAGAUAGUUUUGGCAACAUAUAUAUGUUUUAUCUUCAAAAAAAUAAAUUUGUUUUGUUAUACCAUUGGCAUAAUGCAUGCUGUACUUUCUUGACAUUUUCGCCUGACAAGAGGCAAGAAGUUAUUGUAGCUUUGUCUGACUGCUCUGUUGUAUCAUUAAAUUCAGAUUCAAAAACCAUAGAAAAUCAAUUUAACCAUCACAUUUCCUGCGUAAGUUACAUUUCUUUUGACAAAAGUGGCCGAAGGGUUCUGUCUUGCUCUAAAGAUCAAGCUAUACUGUGGAAUUUGAACACAUUCCAAAUUCUUCGGUAUCUUACACUCAGAAAAAGUAUUGAUAUUGUGAAGGUAUUCUUUCAUCCUAGUGAAGAUAUUAUUAUCUUGGCUUUCAAAGAUAGCUCUGUAUUUCUAUGGAGCUCUGAGAAUUUCAUUUGCACAAAUCGGUUUAUAUGUACUAGUGAAGAUGUGCCUUUAAACAUCAAGUGUAUUGACAUUUCAAGCGAUGGAAAACUCCUUGCCUGUGCUGGAAAAGCUAAUUGGUUUACUAUAUGGAGCACAGAAGAGAAUAAGAAGUUGUAUAAUAUUUUGCUUCCAUCCAACGUGAUUGUGGUCAAGCAGAUAUAUUUUUUAACAUGCUUGCAAGGAUUAACUGAAGGCUAUGUGAGUAAAUGUG